CCCGAGAUGACUGCACAAUUUAGUUGGGGUUCGGCAGUUCUGACAAACUUGUAUCGCAGCUUGUGUAAAGUUGCACUUAAAACAUCCGAGAGGCCUAUAUUACUUUGGGCUUGGUCACGCCUCAUUUUAGUGAGGCCCGAAGUUCGCGUGCUCCACAACGAUCGACAUGGCCCACUUCGAAAUGACGAACCGCAUGGUGGCGCAUUCGAAGGUUGUUCAAUGGCACAUCACGAUUUUCACUUCGUAACUACCGAGACCAGUUUGACGGCUUCGACAUAUAUGGAAUAUGGCGGCGAUGGUGGCGGCAAUUGUGGCGGCUAACGUGAUGAUGAGGGAAGCAGUGUUGGGUCGAGCAUGAUGGAGGGGAUGCCAACGGUGGUGGGGCUGGCGGCGAAUCCCGGCGAUAAAAGUACUGAUGGUGGUGGCAAGGGUUGGGCUAGCUGUGAUGGUGGGGCUAGGGAAGAUGGUCGGAGCACGGGUGGUGAAGGUGUAGUGGUGGGGCUCAAAUUGACGACGGGGGUUGGCGAAGGACAGAACCAGGGACUGCCGGCCUCCUCGUUCUUCACUAGCCUUUCAAGGGCAUUUUAGCCAUUUCAACUCAUAAGUUAACCAUUCAAAAAAAUGAGAAAAAGUCCAAAUGGGAAGGUUUUUUCCGGACGGAGGGAGUAUAUCAAUGUCAUCAACAUGAAUUGCUUCUUGAGAUUUUAUCGGAAGAGUUGUUAGUAAAAAUAAAGAAGAAAUAAAAGAUGUUCAUUGAG